AUGUCCAAGAAGAUCCUGAUCAGAGCUGAUCUCAUCGGCGACAAGUGCAAGAGCAAGAUCCUGUCAACUGCUGCCAAGCUCAAGGGGAUCAAGUCGAUGGACAUUGACCAGGACAAGUGCACGCUGACGGUGGUCGGCACCGUCGAUCCGGUGCGGCUCCUGCAGUGUCUCAGGAAGUCGUGCUUCGCUGCAGUUAUCAUCAGCGUCGCAGACGACAAGCCAAAGGAGCCAGAGAAGAAGGACCCCUGCCUGGAGGCCUGCGAGAAGGCCUGCAAGGACAAGUGCGAGAUGGCUUGCAAGGAGCAAGAAGAAGUGCGUGGUGAUUACUUGCAACGAGGCGUGCUGCAAGAAGAAGUGCGAGAUGGCUACUUGCAAUGA